UUCUUUUUCGUAUUAUAUAAACUUGACAAGUCGUAUUUACGACUCCAGAACAAUCUCUCCGAGGCAAUGAGGGUUUACGAGGGGACCUGAAUGCGUCAUUGUUCCACCCCUGCUGGGCAGGCAGGAAUCUAAACCUGCAGCAUACCGACACACAGAUAAGGGUACUUACCUUAAAAUCUGCCCAAGCUGAGCCAACCUGCCAGAAGAGGAACCGCAAAACAUACUGGACUUUCCCUGCUACCGUAACGUCAUUUUUGUCAACUCCCAGCAUCACCGUUAGCAGGCUAAGCUAGCAGGAAGAGCUAACGACAGUUGGCUAAAACUCCUGCUCCGCUGAGGACCACCCACUUCAGGCUGCUGGACUUGACAGAUCCAGCUAUGUGAGCUGCUCUGAUGUGUGGACUUGAACAUCCAUUCAGCGCCUGGUUGAGACAGCUUUCUAGCUGGUCAGGAGGACCACACUGUUACUGCGACGAGAACACCCAGCAGACCUGCAGCUGAUUUGGCUGAGCAGGUGUAUGUUGGUCUGGAUUGUAGCAUAAGUCCCCAGAGCAGCCUCCUGCCCUCCCCUCCCUCUGCUCCCCCUGUAGCACUACUAUGCCUCUGGGUUUGGGAAGAAGGAAGAAGGCGUCCCCGUUAGUGGAGAACGAGGAAGCGGAGCCUAUCCGCGCGGGUCUCAAUGUGGCAGGUAUGGAUGGCCUAGAUGGAGGUAUUGUAGGGCUGGGGGAAGGUGCCACCUCUGAAGGUCUGCCUCCUCCACCUAGCAACAUGCGACCUCGCCUCAUUUUCCACACUCAGCUUGCUCACGGCAGCCCCACGGGCCGCAUUGAGGGCUUCAGUAAUGUGCGGGAGCUCUAUGCCAAGAUUGGUGAAGCCUUUGGGAUACCGCCGGCUGAGGUUAUGUUUUGCACACUGAACACUCACAAGGUGGACAUGGAUAAACUGUUGGGAGGUCAGAUUGGGCUAGAGGACUUUAUUUUUGCCCACAUUAAAGGACAGCGAAAGGAAAUAGAGGUGUACAAAGGAGAGGAUGCACUAGGGUUGACGAUCACUGAUAAUGGAGCUGGCUACGCUUUCAUCAAGAGAAUCCGCGAGGGGAGCAUCAUCCAUCAGAUCCAGGUCAUAAAUGUGGGUGAUAUGAUCGAGUCGAUCAACGGUCACCGCCUGAUUGGGUGUCGACACUACGAGGUGGCAAAGAUGCUGAAGGAGCUGCCUAAAGGGAAGGAGUUUACCAUCAAGCUGACGGAGCCUCUCAAGGCGUUCGAUAUGAUCGGCCAGCGGUCUGGAGGGUCCAGAUCAGCAUCAGGGGUUCAGCUCGGGACCGGCAGAGGAACUCUGCGGCUGCGCUCUAAAGGUCCCGCCACUGUGGAGGAGCUGCCCUCUGCAUUUGAGGAAAAAGCCAUUGAGAAGGUGGACGACCUGCUCGAGAGCUACAUGGGCAUCAGAGACAGCGAGCUGGCGGCGACCAUGGUGGAGCUGGGAAAGGACAAAAAGAACCCUGAUGAGUUUGCCGAGGCUUUAGAUGAAACCCUCGGGGACUUUGCCUUCCCGGACGAAUUUGUUUUCGACGUCUGGGGUGCCAUCGGGGACGCUAAGGUCGGGCGAGUGUAACCGCAGACACUAACGAAGCAGCAACCCGUGUUUGUGAAACCCACAACAUUCAGCACUACUAGGAAACACAACACUACCGUCAUGAGUUUGUUUUUAUUCCAGUGUAUACUCCUACUAUUUUUAAUUUAGAGUGCACCCUUUUGGGAGACUCUGCCAAGAUAAAGAGGACUAUGGCAGUUAACGGGAGAUGAAGGUGACGACUUCCGAAGUGCUUUUAUUUGUCUUCCGGCUUUUUCCAGAAACUUCAAGCACGCUGAUGAGCAUUCCCUUUGACCGCAUCACAUGAACCUGCAUGUCAUCGUUGUAGUCGCUGGCAGUGGAACAAGUGCAGCACAAGUGUCGUAAUAUGGGAGAAAUGAAGGAGAACCGCUUACAAAGUAGAUCUUUGAUACUUGGCAAAAAGAAGAAAAUGUGAUUUUUCCACAUUGCACUGAGCUGUAAACCAACAAUGGAGAGUAACAGAUCGCACUGCACCUCACCUGGUGAGCGGCACAGUUAUUGCACAGUACAAGGCACCGGCCUCCCUGAGUUACAGUGUCGUCCUGAACCACUCGCUGUUACUGUUAUGGAUCAGUUUUACAAGCAUGUGCUGUUAUAUUUUUAUCUUCAUAAUUCUGCUGGUUUCAUGUUGGGUUUUUUUUAUGGUAAAAGAAAAAAAAAUGUAGUCACAAAAGGGUCAUAGUAAUGUGUAGCUCUCCAACUAAAAGAUCAGUGAUGUUUGCUCACUGUUAACACACUCCAUGCUGUAAUGAAAGUUAACUGCAGCACAUUCCAGUCUUAAUCUCAUACGUUUGACAGUGUUACAGAAAAUCAGUGUUUAAUUGAAGAGGAGAAUGAGAGGCAGAUUGGCUCCAGGUUUGUGGAUUGUGUCGACUUAUUUUUUUUAUAGCUAGUGUUUUAUAUAAAGUGAUGUGACGUCUAUUUUAAAACAGGGGUUGUGUAAUGGAUGAAGAAUUUGAACAUGUCUUGCAACUACUUUUAUUUUGAAGCAUUACAGAGGGCAGUAUUAAAGAAGAUGAAGUUGUGAAGUGGGGUAGUAGUGUAAAAAAAAAGGAUCUGAAAAUGCCUUCAUUUCUUCUCAUUUCAUGCAUUUUAUACGUUUUUGUUAGAAGUAUGCAUUCUGGUACCUGGUGCUGGAAAAUCAGUAUCCUGUCAUUGGAGCAGAAUGAUACCAAACUACUUCCAUCACGUGUCGCAGUGACUUAUGUUGUUCAUCGAGAGGAAAAACAGGCAAUGCUGCAACAACUACUCAGCGUAGGUAAACACAUGUCUUAAAAGGAAAAGUUUUUGGUGUUAACCUUUUCAGUAUAUCCAAAUGUAUGAAGCUAUUUUGUAGUUUUGUUCUUCAGAGUUUAAUGGAUAUCUAAAUGUAAUGAAACUGAUGCUAGAACACUGUAACACUGAGAACACGUUAUUUUGAUGGCUUUGUAUUACACUGUUGUCAAUGUCCAAUUAUAAUGCAAUAAUAACAUCGACAUGGCA